AUGGCACUUUACUCCAAAUUUCUCAAAGAUCUGCUGACCAAGAAGGGCAAAUAUAUCCACAGUGACAACAUUAUGGUGGAAGGAAAUUAUAGUACUGUCAUCCAAAGGAUCCUUCCACCAAAAUAUAAGGAUCCAGGGAGUGUUACCAUCCCUUGCUCAAUUGGUGUUGUGUCAGUUGGAUGGGUUAGCCUUGUACAGGUGGUGCGGAAAGAAGUGCUUAAAUUGCUAGAAGCAGGCUUCAUCUAUCCUAUCUCCGACAGUGCAUGGCGACACAUGAUGACAAUAUUUGCUGACAUGGUGGAGAAGUGCAUUGAAGUGUUUAUGGAUGAAUUCUCUGUUUUCGGCUCAUCUUUUGAUUGUUGUCUAGCAAAUCUAGAGUGA